AAAUUUUUCAUUAUUUUUUUUCUUCUCAUUUUUGAAUGACAUUUUAAAUGAAUCAUUUCUUUUGAUUUUGAAGAUAACGUUUUAAACAAACAAACAGAAAAAAAUGACCGAUCAAAUUGAAUCAAAACAUGAAUCAUCGUGGACUGAAAUUGCUAACGAAGAUCCGGAUAGAAAGCAGAAAAUUAUCGAUUUAAAAUUGGAAGGUAAUCAACAAUUUAAACUUGGUAAUUAUGAAAAAUCGAUUCGAUUUUAUCUGGAUUCAUUAGAUCUUUGUACGGAACAAAAUGAUGAUAAUAAUGAUAAUGAUAAUGAUCGACAAACGAUAGUAAUUUUAUAUUCAAAUUUGGCAGCAGCCAAAGAUCAUUUACAACUUUAUGAUGAAGCAAUUGAAUAUUGUGAUAAAGCAUUGGCCAUUAAUGAUUCACAUUCAAAAGCUAUUAUUCGACGUGCUCAACUUUAUCGAAAACUAGAUAAACUAGAUGAAAGUAUGGCCGAUUAUAAACGUUUUGUUGAGCUUAAUCCCGAUGAUAAAAGUAUAUUACCAAUCAUUCAUGAAUUACAAUGUCAAAUAGAUGAACGAAAUGAAAAAUUAAAAGCCGAAAUGCUUUCCAAACUAAAAGAUUUAGGCAAUGUUGUUCUCAAACCAUUCGGUCUUUCAACAGAUAAUUUUAAACUUGUAAAAAAUCCCGAAACCGGUGGUUAUUCGGUUGAUUUUCAAAAAAAUCAAUAAAUAAAUAAUGAUAUUUGUAAACAAAAUUGAUUGCUUUAUUCAUAAUAAAUUUGUAAAAGAUUCAAAAUUUUGAGC